UUUAACGUGUCAUCCAGCGAGUUCUAUUCUAACUUAACUACAAGUACUCCACAGAAAUUCUUAUUUUAGCGAACCGCCAUCUAGAAGGCGGUAGCUUCGCCAUUUUCUUAUUACCUUUCCUAUCGACACUAAAGUUUUGAUUUCUAUUAUUGAUAAUUUUUCUGUUGUGUUAUUGUUUCUUAACCUUAUCUUGUAAUUGUUUCUCUUUAAAACUUUAAAAAGUAAAUAAAUAUAAUGACUGAAAACUUGUCCACUUGCCCCAAAUCAGAUCUCGAAACUGUUCAGAAUGAAGAAAUUUCUAAACUCUCAUUAGAUCAAGGUAUCAGUGUUUGGGGUUCUAAUCAAGAACAAUUAGAAAACCAGGCCUUAAAAGAGCUUGAUAUAUUAUCGAAAAACAGUAAUAUUUCAAAUAAUGUUAAUAUCGCAACAGUAGUAAAUGAAGAAAAGAAUUCUGAACCAACUAAACCUAGAGAUUCAACCCUAGAUAUUGCCAGUUAUAUUAAAAGGCAGGAGCAAUUGAAAAAACAGAAACAAAAAUUCAUAUCGGCAAAAACCAGUGAUGUGAGUGAACGCAGUAGAAAUGCUGCAAAAAAUAUAUGUAAGAGGGCACAAGUACAAACCGAUAAAAUACCUAUUGCACAGAAACAAAAUACUAAUCAUUCCAAUACAGCAAUUAACUGUGAUAAAAACGGCAAUCAAAUUGCGGAGAAUCAUUUAGGAAACGAUGGAAAAUUGAAUGAACUGGAACCAACUAAAAAAGAUUCGGAUCAUGAAUAUGUUCCAUCAGAACUCGAAACAGAUGAAGGUGACUAUAAUCCAGGAACUUCUGGAAAAAGUGUGCAAAAGAAAAAUAAAAGAAAGAAAGUGAGCAUAGCUAAAAUCAAAGAUGAUGGAUUAAUGAAAUGCUAUAAAAAAAGGUUGGAUUUAUAUUAUGAAACUAUGGAAACUCAGAAUGAACUAAAAGUAUUAGAUGCAGCAGAUGAGGGCCAAGAGCAAGAGGAUGAUAUAAAAUUACAAGGAGGUUUAAAGAUACAAAAAACUAUAUGGGACAAAUUAUACAGGUACCAGCAGGAUGGUGUGAAAUGGUUGUGGAAGCUGCAACAGGAAGGUACAGGUGGCAUACUUGGGGAUGAAAUGGGUUUAGGCAAAACCAUUCAAAUAAUUUCUUUUUUACAUUCCUUGGAAUACAGUAAAAUUGUUAGCCAAAAAAGCUUUGUUGGUGUUGGUCCUACAAUUAUAGUUUGUCCUCUUACCAUUAUGCAUCAGUGGGUACAACAUUUUCAUGAAUGGGCUCCAGAAUUUCGUGUAGCUGUGCUGCAUCAAUCAGGAACCUUUGUUGGAAAGAAAUCUAAGCUGAUCAAAGAGAUCAACUCCUGUAAAGGUAUCUUGGUGACCACAUACCAGGGUUGCCUCAAAUAUAAAGGAGACAUCCUGGAUUAUAACUGGCAUUAUGUGAUCUUAGACGAAGGCCACCAAAUACGCAACCCAAAUGCUAAAAUUAGUGUGGCCGUAAAAGAGAUUAGGACACCUCACAGAUUAAUGUUGACCGGCAGUCCCAUGCAAAACAACCUGACCGAAUUGUGGAGCCUGUUCGACUUCACUAAUCCAGGCAUGUUGGGAAACUCGAGCGUCUUCAUCGAACACUUUGUUAAUCCCAUUGUUCAGGGUGGAUACGCUAAUUCGACGCCGAUGCAGGAGGCGACGUCUUUGUCAGUGGCGACGACUUUAAAACGAAUUAUAGAUCCGUACUUGCUGAGAAGAACUAAGGCGGGAGUGCAGCAUGAUAUAUUUCUUCCCAAUAAGACUGAACAGGUUCUCUUCUGCUCCAUGACAAAGGAGCAAAUAGACCUAUAUAAGGGUUAUCUUAUGAGCGAACAUGUAAAUGAUAUAUUAGGGAGAGGCGUAAAUAAAUGGUAUUCUGACAAACACAUGAGAGGUAAUGUUUUGGUGGCAAUAACAACACUUAGAAAGAUUUGUAAUCAUCCAGAUAUAUAUCUACAUGAAGCUGAUAGUUGCCAGGACGAGGAUGAAAUCAUUAACUCAGAAGAUAGAUUUGGCCACUACAAGAAAUCUGGAAAAAUGAUAGUUGUAUCAGCUUUACUGAAACUUUGGACUGCACAAAAACACAGAGUCCUUCUCUUCACUCAGAGUCGGGCGAUGCUUUUAAUUUUAAAAGCAUUUUUAGAAGAUCAAGGGUACAAGUACUUAAAAAUGGACGGAAGCACUUCCGUCAAUGCAAGACAGCCUUUAAUAGCCCAAUUUAACGAAGACGAUUCAUAUCAUGUGUUUUUGUCGACGACAAGAGUCGGUGGACUAGGGGUUAACUUAACGGGUGCCGACAGGGUGAUUAUAUUUGAUCCUGACUGGAAUCCUGCUACAGACACUCAAGCCAGAGAAAGAGCUUGGAGAAUUGGCCAAGAUAAGCAAGUCACCAUCUAUAGACUUCUUUCCGCAGGAACAAUAGAAGAAAAGAUGUACCAGCGACAAGUGUGGAAGCAACUACUCAGCAACAAAAUUCUUAUAGACCCAAAGAGCCAUCGUAUCUUCAAAUCAUCGGAUCUUCUAGAUUUGUUCUCCCUUCAGGAGUCACCAAACUCGAACCCAGAAACAACUAACAUAUUCCGUGAGUCCAGGGUCAAAAUAGAAAAACGAAUUAUGGAACAAAAGGCGAAGAAAAAGAAAAAGACCGUCGAAAUUCCCGAAGAGGAAUUAAAAUUGUCCGAGGACAAGGUGGAGAAAAUGAAACGAUUGGCUCAUGAAAUUGCAAUGAGCAUGUCACAAGAAAAAGUAUCCAAAAGUGGAUAUCAGAAGGAGCUGGAGGCGGAACGUCAGCAGAAAUUGGAGGAACGGAAGGAGUUGAAGAAGAUGAGUGCCGCAGAGUUGUUCAUUUAUAAUCGAAACAAGGCAAAGCAAGAAGUGGGCGAUUCUUUUAACAAAAUUGAUGACUGUGAUACUAAGAUUAGCUUCGAUCAAGCUUUAGAGUACUCCGAACAUACGGCUGAAUUAUACCAUGAUAUAAAUAAUGGUAAAAUAAAAGCAGAAGACUUGUUGGUGGCGGAUGAAAAGUCCACAGAUGAACCCACCGAGAAGAAAAAAGAUGCUAAAGAUUCUAAUAAUAAAAGGAAGAGGCGGAGCUCUGACGGUGACAAUAAUCAUUCACGAAGCAAAAGAAUAAAAAAGAAGGAUAAAAGAAGCAAUAGUAAAGAUGUAACCGUCGACACUUCCGGCGAGCUGGAUGGUGAGAAAAUAGAAGGGCUGGUUAAAAGAGAGAUAACCAAUAAGAAGAAGCGUUCUGAGGAAUGUGUGACGCAAAAAGAUGACGAUUAUGUCUUGGCAAAAUUAUUUAGGAAGAAAGGCGUGUCCGGAGCUCUGCAACAUGACUCAAUUGUCCAGGGGAAGAGACUUGAGAAUUCCUUGCAUAUUUACAGUGAAGCUGAGAGUAGGGCUGAAAAAUCCUUGGCAGCUUUAAGGGAAUCCCAAGGAAAAAAAUGGAAAUAAAUUAGUAUUAGUAGUAUUAAAAUUUAGUAUUAAUAAAUGAUGUGAUAUUAACGUUGUAAGUCACUCCACAUUUGAAAUGUGUAUAUUUAUUAAUGUAUUUAUUUAUUUUUGUAAUAAACAUUUGUCAU